GUAUGUAUUACCCUCCGUAUGGCAGCAGACGUUGAGUCUAGCCAGGCCUCUUCAAAGGCGUAUCCGAGCGUAGCAGAGCCCUCGGCGCCAGACUAUGGAGCCUACCGAGAGCAGCAGUACGGGGAGUCUUGUGGUUUGGAAGGGGCCUCGGAGCAUCAGGCCUUCUACGGCUACAGGGCAACGGCAGAUGAUUAUAAUAGUGAGUAUAGCUGGUCUCAGCGGGGGCCGUCUUCUGAUCACGAAUCGGCGGAAGAGCGGUACGAGCAUACUACCAGUAGUGAACCUCGGCGCGCUUCCCGGUCAGCUGACAUAUCGCCCGAGGCGGCUGUUCGGGCCCUCCUCUAUCAUGGUGCCUGCUACACUGUGCAGUGUAUCAGAAGGGCUGGGACUUGGGUGGGCAUUAAACUCUGUAACCACAUUGAAAGGCGAUUGGUUGCUAAGAGACAGCGCCGAGUGGCUCGAGAUGAGGCCUCCAAUCGUUUGGCACUCCGCUUGGUGGACGGGGCUUUACAGCAGACUCGCCGCAUUCACGACUGGUUGGCAGUCCGGAACCUCUGACGCUGGAUGCGUAUCAACAGCAUCGAUUUGUGUGUAUUCUUGAUACCAUAUACCUCUCUAAUCACCAUUGAUUGUUUCUAGCC